UCUGCCCGCCAUUUUGCACGACGCGAAAUAGUGCUUGCUGUGCUCCCGCGUGCGGUGUUUUUUUUUUAGCUAAAAAUUUUGAGCGGGUUCUCGUUUCUUGCUGCAAAAAAUGGAAGCCAAAGGACAGGCCGACUUUAACGCAGAGGAGUUCCCCGAAGGGUCUAAAAUCAACGCGAGUAAAAACCAGCAAGAUGACGGGAAGAUGUUUAUUGGUGGGCUAAGCUGGGAUACCAGCAAGAAGGACCUCACAGAUUAUCUGUCUAAGUUCGGUGAGGUCCUGGACUGCACCAUCAAAACAGACCCCAUUACGGGCCGCUCUCGCGGUUUUGGCUUCGUCCUCUUUAAAGACGCGGACAGUGUGGAGAAGGUGUUGGAGUUCAAAGAGCACAAGCUUGAUGGAAAACUUAUUGAUCCUAAAAGAGCCAAAGCGCUCAAGGGGAAGGAGCCUCCCAGGAAAGUCUUUGUUGGGGGCCUGAGGCCUGAGACGUCAGAGGAUGAGAUCCGGGAAUAUUUCGGAGGAUUCGGCACAAUCGACAGCAUUGAGCUUCCUAUGGACACCAAGACCAAGGAGAGGAGGGGAUUCUGCUUUGUGACGUAUGUGGAGGAGGAGCCAGUCCAGAAGCUGCUGGAAAACAGAUACCAUCAAGUUGGAUCAGGAAAGUGUGAAAUCAAGGUUGCCCAGCCGAAGGAAGUCUACAGGCAACAGCAGCAACACAGAGGAGACCGGAGUGGAUAUGGAGGAAAAGGUUCCAGGGGCCGCGUACGGGGAGGUCAGAAUCAGGGCUACAGCCAGGGAUACAACUAUUACGGCCAGAACUAUGGAAGCUAUGGAAAUGGAUACAAUCAAGGAUACAAUGGGUACCCUGGCUAUGAUUACUCUGGCUACAACUAUGAUAGCUAUGGGUACGGACAGGGCUACGACGACUACAACGCCCAGCAGAGCAGUUACGGAAAAGCUUCCCGGGAAGGCGGAAACCACCAGAACAACUAUCAGCCCUACUGACCAGAGCUCACGUUAUUAAAAUUUGGUAAGGGUGUAGCACAAGGCCUGCUGUUUGUCUGACGUUGGCGCUUUUAAAGAUCAAUAGACAAAACCAAAGUCAAAUGAAAACAAGUGGUCAGAUUUCUCCAUGGUCCCCAUUUUGGAUUUUUUUUUUAUAAAUUUUUUUGGACAAGUGACUUUGUCUAUGGAUCUUUAAUUGCCUCUGCUCCUAUAAGCAGUUUUGCUUUUAGCUCUCCAGAAAAACAUAAGCGUUUUUCUGCGGGUUUUUUCCCCCUGCUUUCAUUUUCGUAACAGGUCAUAUGGAAAUUACAUAAAGAGACUUGAUAGCAAUAACAGGUAAAGUACUGCUAAAGGGUACAAAGUAAGGACCUAUCCUUUACUUCUUUCCUCUUCCUAAUUCUAUUGUACCUUGUUUGUACCUGCCAGUGGGGACUUCAUUGCAGGCCGUGUGUCACCUGACCACGACAUUCUCUGGGCGUCGCACAUAGCGGGCAGAGAGCACGGCAUGCACAAGAAAACGCUGUCCUGUGGUAUGGUCUCUUCCAACUUAAUGUACCAGCGUGUAACAAAAAACCCAACCAGGGAAAAGAAAAGUAAACAAAAAGGAUCUCACGCUUUUUAUUUUUUAAGUUGACGGUGUUUUCUUUAACGGUUUUUUAAAAUGGUUUUUUACAGGAAUUAAAAAAUGAGAAAUCUAAAGGUGACCUAAAUGGUUUUAACGACUGUAUUGUAUUCUCUAUUUUAGUGUCAUUUCAGUUCUGGACCUUCGUUUUUUCUUUUCUUAAGUGAACCCCUUUUAAAUCGCUUACUCUUAAUGCUUGCUUUUUUUCUUUAUAGCCAUUAAAGAACUUCAAAUGAUAAACACCACAACACUUUUUCUUAAGUUUUCUGUUAAAGAUCAUAUGUGGACAUGCUUUCUGAAGCCAUAAAAAGCUUAAAUAAAUUAAUAGAUUGGUGUCACUAGCAUGAUUUCUGAGACUGAAAUGUAGCACAUGGGAUUAUGCAGUGGGGUUAGACUUAUGUUUGGGUCUGCUCCUUAGUGGUGAGAGAAUCCACCAGUUUAGCGGAGCUAAAGCUUUUUCCGGCUGACAGUUUAAUUUUCCCUCUCCCUCCCCCCUGAGAGCUACAUGUUGUACAUAUGAUCUUUCAAACAGAACAGGAACCUUAAUAGCUUAAAGUUGACAGCACAAGACGUUUCUCAGUGAAACAUGGACGUGCUCGAUUUCGGUAUCAGCAGUUGCCAUGGUGCACAUGAUUGAUGUUCCUUGUUUCCUCUCUUCCAGGUGGGCAGGCCAGCUGAGGAUUCCACUUCGUACCCUGGCGGCAGCUUGGAGAUUUUUGGUCCUUUUUAAACAAGAUUUUUUUUUUUUUUUAAUUUUGUUAUUCCUGAGAAGGUUGACUCUGUGUGGAGCUUUGUAAAUAGUGGCCUUUUUUUGUUCUGGGGAUUCUCAUACUUUUGACAUUGGUGUUGUAAUGCAAUGAAGCUGUCCUGUCACUGUUUUGUAAAGCGUUCCAUUUGUUUGAUUUUUAUUUUUCCAUCUCUAAAGGGAUUAUUAAAAACUGGGUACAAAACUGG